AUAGAAAUCGCAGAAAUGCUCGAGCGUAGAAGAAUUGACAUCUGUUGCCUUCAGGAGACCCUGAUGGAAAUUGAAUGGUGUUUGUCAUGUCAACUCAAACAAAAAAAAUAUAAACUAUUCUGGAAUGGUCAAAAGACGGCAAAAAAUGAUGUUGGAAUUUUUGUCAGAGAACCGCUAGCCCAAGAAAUACUGGAUAUUAAAAGGAUUAAUUCACGUCUCAUGUGGAUCAAGCUUCGCCUAGAAAGGCAAACAAUGAUUAUUUUUUCUGCAUACGCACCACAGACAGGCGAAUCAGAAGAGAUAAAAAAUGACUUCUGGGCUGCGUUCUCUGACACCAUCUCAACAAUACCAAAAUCUGAAACAAUCCUGAUUGGAGAGAAAACAGAUGGUUUUGACAACGAACAUGGCGGUUUUGUUGCAACACAGUUAGACCACUAA